UUUUACAAUAUACAUUUUUAGUUGUAAUUUGGGCUGUUUUUGAUUUAUAUUCUUCAACUAGGCGGGUUUUACUGUGUGAUUGGACUGGAGAGUGGAGACUGUCUUUCCCAUCAUGCAAUCCUGGUCGGAAAAGCAAAAGAUAAACGUGGCCAAGGUGGAACAUAUUUUUCUUUGUCUUUGGCUUGUUUUUCCUCGAUUUCAGUCACUUCACUAAACCGAAGCCUCGACGACGUGUCCAGCAUUAGCCACAUUACGGACUGAAACAUCAGUUUUCGAGUCUUAGCACUCGUUGAAGUUUUGCUACCGUAGCCUAGCUGGCCAACCGCUAACAAAGCUGCAAGGCACGUCGUCAAGCGUUCAGAAAAUGUCCGGGAGAACGACAGCGGGUGAGGAGGAACUUUGUGGAGUAAAAGAGGAGCCCCCACAUCACCAACACUGGACUUUGUGCGAAACAAUGCACGUAGAGGGUUUUCUUCACAAACUAGAAGAUGUCAGCCAAGCUCAUCUUCCUGAGCACCAGGAGUCUGCAUGCAUCAAGGAGGAGGAGGAAGAGUCGCCAUGCUUCACGGAGGAGGAGAAAGAGUUCAUACACCUUCAAGCUUUUAAAGAAUAUCUUGAUGCUGAGCGGCAGGGGCCAGAAUCUCCUGGCGUUAAAGAGGAUGUUGGGCUCCCCCAAAUCAAAGAGGAGGAGCAGCCAGAACCAUGUCAACAAAAGCAGCUUUCAAUCAAACAGGAGGAGGAGGAGGAGCUGCCAUAUGUUAAAGAGGAGGAAGGUAUCAGCAGGGCAACUGGUGAGCCCUUGAAGAGUGAAGAUGGUCUGAGUGAGAUCAGCAGAGGGGUGGAGCCUCCGAGCUGCAGCAGCAGCUCAACAGAAGGAUUGCAAGCGGACAGUUUCACCGCUCAUUUAUCAGAUAGUGAAGACGCCAUGUCACAUUCGCCUGACAGUGAUGAUGGUCAUAAGAGAGCCGACAGUGUCGACAAACGCAAAUGCUCUCAGUGUGGGAAAACCUUUACUGAUAAGUAUUCUUGUCGUAGGCAUAUGAGGAACCACACUGGUGAAAAACCUUUUGCCUGCUCAGUUUGUGGUCAAAGAUUCAGUCGCAAGAGCAGCUUAACAGAACACAUACAAAUCCACACUGGCGAAAAACCUUUUUCCUGCUCAGUUUGUGGUCAAAGAUUCAGUUGCAAGAACUUUUUACAAAUACACAAAAGAACUCACACGGGAGAAAAACCUUAUUCCUGCUCAGUUUGUGGUCAGGGAUUCAGUCACAAGAACACCUUACGAUUACAUGAAAGAACCCACAUGGGAGAAAAACCUUUUUCCUGCUCAGUUUGUGGUAAAAGAUUCCCUCAAAAAAGAAACUUAAAAUCACACGCGAGAACCCACACCGGGGAAAAACCUUUUUCCUGUUCAGUUUGUGGUCGAAGAUUCAGGUAUAGGAACGCCGUAAAAAUACAUGAAAGAACCCACACGGGAGAAAAACCUUUUUCCUGUUCAUUUUGUGGUCAAAGAUUCUACCAGAGUAGUGCCUUAAAAGUACACGAAAGAACCCACACGGGAGAAAAACCUUUUUCCUGCUUAGUUUGCGGUAAAAGCUUCGCUUCAAAGAACCAAUUGACGACACACGAAAAAAAACACACAGGUGAAAAACCUUUUACCUGCUCAGUUUGUGGUAAAAGCUUCGCUUCAAAGUACCAAUUGGCGACACACGGAAAAAAACACACAGGUGAAAAUCCUUUUACCUGCGCAGUUUGUGGUAAAGGAUUUGCUCAAAGGUCAAAUUUAAAAUCACACGAAAGAACCCACAACAGAGAAAAAUUUGUUUCCUGCUCAGUUUGCGGUCAAAGAUUCAGUCACACGAACACCUUAACAUCACACAAAAAAACCCACACAGAGAAAAACCUUUCCCCUGCUAUAUUCAUUCACAAGAACACCUUACAAUCACAAUCUUUUCAAUUUGAUGUCUCACCCUAAUAUAGAUGUUUGUAUAGAAAAAAUAAAAACAUGAAUGGCUUUGUUCUUAACUGUCUUUCAGUUACAGCUCACAUGGUACAUUCCAUUACUAUUCAUAGCCCAUUUGCUAAUAUAGACAUGCAAAGUUUGUUAUUCAUACAGUUCGUGCAGGUAUAGGCAACCUAAUGGCACGAGUUGAGUACAGCACCUCCCAUGUUUUCAUAUCCCCAAGUACCUUCAUUUGGUCAAAAGAUCGCACCAUUGUCUCAUAUAUAAUAGCGUCCCACACGAAUGCUAUUUUUAGACUGUGACGUCGUAUCGUAAAGCGAAAGUUAUCGACCCGCCCUCGCAUAGAAACAAUGUUAAUUCUGCUACUUAUCUUUCGGUAAUCUUUCAAAAAAGAACAUGCCGAUCAAACACUGCUGCUAUGGAACUUGUAGAAAUGACUCUAGACACUCGAGACAAAAUUUGAAGAAUGAAUCAACUUGCGCGGACUUUUAACACCAGCUCGAGGAAGUCACGGUAAAGCCAUUCAAAUUUCAUAUGCAGUAAACAUUUUGUUGGGUUGGCAUGCUCCUUCAGAGGACAAAAAGGUAAGCCAUUUGGAUAUUUUUAACUUAUUUUUUAGCGUGGCGUUGUGCAGUGCUGCUUCUGUCUGACACUGAAUGACCUGUAAAGAAUUAAAAUGGUAUCUGACUGCCACUGUUACCUUUUCUGUUGUAAAACAAACUUUAGUAAGGGGAAGGUGUAAAUAAAUUACAGAAUUAAGAUUUGCUAUUAAUAAAAAAAUGAAGUGUUCAUUGUAGAGCUGUCCCGACUAGUCGACAUAGACGACGUCAUCGAUGAGGUAAAUCCGUCGACGAGCACAACAUCCCGUCGACGGUUAAUGAAGGGUUAAAAAAUAUACAUACCGGGAGAGUUCAGAAUGUCGUACGCUCUGCAUGCAAGCGGGAAAAGCGGCACAAAGCCAAAAAAGCGCACCAGUGUCCAAAUCAUUGACUUAUUUCAAUGAAACAAAGGAGGGUACGCUCUUGGUAAAUGGUGUUAUACUUAUAUAUAUAUAUAUAUACUCUUGUGUCCUGUCUCUUCAAUGCAAAGCUUGGCUGCACGUCAGCCGUGAAUAAACACCUAAAGCGCCGUCACCCAGUUUGUAAGUCCAUCUAACUAACUAACGACGUUAUAUUGAAGUUGCUAAGCCUGUCGCGAUAUGCAAUGAGUCUAUGGUACCCGCGGGUUAUUAAAAGUAUUAAAAAAGCAUUUAAUUUAGUUUUCCAUUAAUAAAGGUAUUAAAAGUAUUAAAUUAGCUGUUGUAAGUCUAGAAUUUUUUCACCGUGGUCUUAAUUUUCAAGAACAUCUCAGUGCAACCUAAAUUAUAUCCAUGACAAAGUUUAUUUAUUAAUUUUUUUUAAAAGCCAUAACGAAGAUGACGCAUAAAAUAUUUACGAUGCACUGCACUACAAAUCGAAAUGCAACUCGUGCGUGCCAAACCACCACAACCGGCAAAACGGAGAAUCCAUCCACCUCUGCAUCGGGAAUGCGUCCGUUUGUCGGUGGAACGAAAAUCCUGCGGGCAGAAGUAUUGUGGAUUCUGAACACCAAAACAGACCACCAUUCAUACAGUGCGUUGCAAAAGUAUUCGGCACCCUUGAAUCUUGCAACCUUUCGCCACAUUUCAGGCUUCAAACAUAAAGAUAUGAAAUUUAAUUUUUUUGUCAAGAAUCAACAACAAGUGGGACACAAUCGUGAAGUGAACAACAUUUAUUGGAUAAUUUAAACUUUUUUAACAAAUAAAAAACUGAAAAGUGGGGCGUGCAAUAUUAUUCGGCCCCUUUACUUUCAGUGCAGCAAACUCACUCCAGAAGUUCAGUGAGGAUCUCUGAAUGAUCCAAUGUUGUCCUAAAUGACCGAUGAUGAUAAAUAAAAUCCACCUGUGUGUAAUCAAGUCUCCGUAUAAAUGCACCUGCUCUGUGAUAGUCUCAGGGUUCUGUUUAAAGUGCAGAGAGCAUUAUGAAAACCAAGGAACACACCAGGCAGGUCCGAGAUACUGUUGUGGAGAAGUUUAAAGCCGGAUUUGGAUACAAAAAGAUUUCCCAAGCUUUAAACAUCUCAAGGAGCACUGUGCAAGCCAUCAUAUUGAAAUGGAAGGAGCAUCAGACCACUGCAAAUCUACCAAGACCUGGCCGUCCUUCCAAACUUUCUUCUCAAACAAGGAGAAAACUGAUCAGAGAUGACGCCAAGAGGCCCAUGAUCACUCUGGAUGAACUGCAGAGAUCUACAGCUGAGGUGGGAGAGUCUGUCCAUAGGACAACAAUCAGUCGUACACGGCACAAAUCUGGCCUUUAUGGAAGAGUGGCAAGAAGAAAGCCAGUUCUCAAAGAUAUCCAUAAAAAGUCUCGUUUAAAGUUUGCCACAAGCCACCUUGGAGACACACCAAACAUGUGGAAGAAGGUGCUCUGGUCAGAUGAAACCAAUAAAUUUUGUUCCACUUCACGAUUGUGUCCCACUUGUUGUUGAU